GCACACUUGCGGCUGUCCAAAGAGACCUUGAGGACUCUGUAAAGGCGCCGCCUGGCUCUUCAACGAGCCCUCUGAGUGAUGUGGCUCCACACAGAGAAUGACAGUCUCCACGCGCAGCGCAGCAAACUCGUCCAGCCCCACAGGCAAAGCUUUGCUUUGAUGUUCUUCCUUCCCUCAGCUCCAUAUGUUCCUCCCGCUCGCUGGUCAUUGAUUCAUCUCGGUAUUGAUCACAACGCGGCGCCCUUGCCUCUUUUAUAGAGGGAGCUUGCGUCCUUUCCGGGCGCCGCCAGCGAACAGUAGAAAGGAUGGAAGCCGAUCCCUGGUCGUCGUCGUCGCCCUGGGCCGAACCCGACGGAAACUCUGCAGCCGUGGUAGCUACGCUCCCAAGCUUCAGCGUCAGCGAUGGCAGCGUAGCGACAGCAGAUGCGCCGCGGUCAACAGGUGCCGACACUGUAGACUACAAUGCUGCUCCGCGUUGGGGGCCAGCUUCGCCAGCAUCUACCGAUCCAAUUGAGGGUGCGAGUGCAUCUGCCACACAAGGUGGUGGACCACGCACCCCCAGCACGUCAGGCCUUGAUCCACCGCAAUGGGGCUCUAUAUCUCCUAGCAGUGAUGCGAGCUAUCCGAAAGCGAAUCUGACGAAAGACGCAGCUUCCUGGUGCACUGCCGACGCACCACCAGCAACAUCUUUCGCAACAGCAGAAGCGGUCCCGCGAAACACAGCGGACGACGCGACGCCGCCAGCGUCAGCGCGAUCAACAUACAGCACCGCAAGCUAUUCUAGCGCCAAAGAGAAGGUCAACAGCACGAGUAGCACCGCUUCCCAGAGCGCAGCGCCUGCCAGUGCCGGUGAGGGCACAUGGGGCUGCCGAUCUUCCUCCAACGAACCCGCGUCUGCUACUGGGUCGGCGGCAUCAGGAUGGGCACCCAUCAGAAGUCCCGGGUACAAAUUUUCGUCCGCCUCAUCACUGGAAAAGCAGGGCGGAGAGAGCACGUCUACGUCGAGCAUCCCGCCGCGCCGAGCAGAGGAAGCACGAGGAGGGGACGGCGAUGGAUGGGGGGGCGAGUCGAACGCUUCGCUUAGCACUUCGUUCAAUGAGAUAGGGAUAGCAGAUAGUGGGUCUUCCAGGCUGACGCCCGUGAGUGCUGGCUGGGGAGGAGCACUGGGAGGUGGCGGAGAGGGGGUAGCAGACGGUGCGCUUGUGGAUGAAGAGAGCCCCUGGGGAGCUCCUCCACCAGAGCCAGCUGCCGAGGCAACAGGCAGCCCAGGAAUGUCGCCAACUUUGUCUUCCGCUGCUUUGCAAGCCGCCAUUGAACGCAAACUAGCCCCAGAAAAGGCGCAGGGAGCCGAGAAGGGCAAGAAGCCGCCCCAGAUCUCCGUGCCACCGAUCGCGACAGACAACGACGGCGCGCAAGCAAGCGUCGGAUCAGGUGCAUCGACUCCGCGUGAUCCGCAAUCGGCGACGAGUGCUCAGCAGGCUACAUGGCUUGCCCGCCUGCGCGCCAGCCAGAAGAGCACUACCUCGCCUCAAAUAGGGCGCGCAAGUCUUGAAUCAGAUCAGGACAGCGCAAGGGUCAGCAAGGACGGCAGUGCGAAAAAGGAGGAGGGCAGCAAGAAGCCUGGCUUCGUGCAGACAUCCAAGCAAGACGCAACGAAAGGCGCAGCGGGCAUGAUUUCCAGCUUAAUUGCGUCGGCUAAGAAGGGCGUCGCGCCGGCUGCGGUUGUUUCUGCUGCUGACGAGGAUGAUGAAGACGAGCCUGCGCCGCAGACUGGCACGACUGCAUCGUUUGCAAGCAACCCGGAUUCUGCAAGGGACCUGCUGUCCUUCGACGACGAGAGCGAGAAGAAGGCGCGGGCGGCAGCCGCGGCGAACAAGAUGAGACCGGACACAGACGAGCAGCAAACGGAAUCGGUCGUCACGCGGUGGUUUGGCAGGUGGGGUGGCGGCAAGCGGGAGGACGCACCCGCGCACAUCCAGGCCGGUGUCUCGGAGGAGUCAUACGCGGAUCGCCUCGAAGGCGCAGAGGGUCACCUUUCCCACGCCGACCUCGAAUGGCUGGACAAGACGGCCCCGCAAGUGCACAGUGCUGGCGGGCAGCAGCCGUACUCGGCAGGGCCAGUAAGCAGGCAGGCGCCUGCUCCUGCUGGAGGCGCCGGCGCCUCCAGCAGCUUGUGCGUACCUGCUCGUCAGCAACAACCGCAGCGGUCGACGAGCGGUGGUACAUCCACUUCGGGCUCACCGCGGGACCACUGGCUGACGAUGGAUAGCAACAACCACUCAGGUGCCAAGUCGCCUGCUGGCCCACAAUUCGCCACGUCUGGCCCACAUCGGCCGGUACGACUGGAGCAGGCGCCCUGUGCAAGCCACAACGGGCCGCGCGGCGCUUCAAUGACAGGACCUCUCAUGUCAAAUGGUUACGCCAGUGCUCACAACGGCCCUUCUGUUGGGCAAGCACAACGUCUGACUCCGCAGUCUGCGCGCAUCUCUUCGGCCGGCAGUGCGCAGAGCAGCGCGAAUCUCUUUGGGGAGUUUCAAUCGGAAACAUUCUCGGAUUGGAGUCCGGUACCAGCCAGAGCAGCUUGCAUACAAUCGCUGGAGCAGCAUCAUACUCACGCUACGCUUCCCGCAUGUGUCGCGCCACCGUCUCACGCACCUGCCCAAGCGCGCUCCGAUAACUACAACCUCUCUUCUCCCAACCCGCAAGGCCUGCGCACGCCAGCCUCCAUAGUUGCAUCCGAGUUCAGUCCCGCGCCAUCGUCUGAUGGGUUUGGCAGCCCGACUGGCCAGCUGAUCGGCUGCAAAGGCGAUCGCAAGCCGCCUGGCAUUUUGGAGCAGCGGAACAGAUUUGCAGGAGGACUGGAUCCAUAUGCCAGCGUUCCUUUCGCGAGCGGCAGAGCCGGUACAAUCGAUGACGGUUUCGGGAAGGAUUACAGGGAUGACGAUGAUGAUGAUGAUGUUGGCGGUGUACUCGGAGGCGGCGCGCCAGGAUAUCGAGACGAGCCUGCCAUUGCCGACCCCCUUCCGACCCGAUCGCGGCUGUCAACAGGUGCAGGGAGAAUGUCGCAACCACCGCCAGCGCCAGCAGUGCCGACUCGCGCCAAAGCUGCACAACCAACUUUCAGUGGGCUUGACGAUCUGUUAGGCGAUAUGUCUAUAGAAGAAAGUAAUGCCCCCGACGCGAGACAAACAGAAAAGAGCUCCAAAGUUGCUGCCGACGACCUGCUCGGCGACUUUCUCUGCAGCCCAAGGGCCACCGCGUCUUCUUCCUCACAGCCAUACUUUACAGGCAUUCCUCCGGAGAAGCAAACUCACGCCAGCCGCCCAUCGGCCGGCACUGCGCUUGGUCCGGCACCGCCUGCACCGCCAGCCGCGAUGACAAACAAAGGUGGGCCGCUCCUCCCUCCUCCGCCUGGGCAGACGCGUGCCGGUGGCUUGCUACCGCCUCCACCUGGUCGCGCAACAGCUGCAGUGUCGAGCCUUCUGAGCGGUCUGGGAGGGCAGCAGCAGACGCGCUCGUCGAUAGACGUUGCUCAGGUGCAGUCGGAUACGCAGUUGCAGCAGACACAGGGGAAGGCGAAGGCCAAUGGCCCUUCGGCGGGUAGAGGGAUGACGGCGGAUGAUCUGUCUUUCUUCGAGACGCUGUAGUUUUUCUGGUUUAUAAUUCGCAAGGGAUAGGAGAUAAUUAUUCAAGGGAUCAGAGAUAAUAUUUAGGGCACAUUUGUGCUGCUGUGUCCCCAAGGGGAGAGCAGCGCUUUCUACGAGUACAUGUUCUUUCAGGUGGUAUAUGCUACGCUUCACUUGGAAGUGGUCUAUGGAUCUGCAAAA